UAUAAGAAUUUGAGUUUUUAAAAAUUAUUUUAAUCUGAUAAAUAUGGAAAACAUCAAUUGAAUGGUUGUUAUAUGAUGACUUUUAUAAGAUGAUGAUGGUUAAAUAACAAUAAUUAUAUAAAGCUUUGUCACAUCGAUAUAUUUGUUUCGAAAUAUUUUUUUUGUAUACCAUAUCUUAGGUGUACCCGUCCAAGGUUGAUAUCAUUAAUUGAGUUCUUAUUCCUCUGGAGAUAAUAAUAUUAUUGCCUGUGCAAAACAUCGCUUAAAUGGUUAGGAUACCCAAUUAAAAUUUUACAAUAAAUGAUCAAAACUUUGGGAUCAACAUGUCCUGGUUAAGGCGACCAGUGAAAAUUUCAUAGUUGAAGAGCGAAGUAAUGGAGAGAUCGAAUGAGUGUUACUAUUGUCUAUUAACCGUAUAUAAAGUAUUAAUAAUUAUAUUGUUGUUUCUUUUAAAUGAACCAAAUGGGUAUAUGCACGUGGUAAUGAUAAGAGUUUCUAACGGUAACCUCCAAAACCGUUAUGAGUCAUUUGAACCCCCUGCCCUCGGACAAUUGCGAGUUUCGGAUCGAAAGAUUUCGCCGUGCUGUCGUGGUUUUUGAAAAUUUGAAACCCAAGCGCUCGGCGCGUGCGCACGCCAAGUUGCAUGCGUCGCUCUCUCUUCCGCCCGCCCCCAACCCGAUCCCUCCCUCGUCUUUCUUUCUCUCCGAUCCUGAUCUCCCGAUCCCUCCCUCGUCUUCUGCUCCGGCGAAUCGCGUCCGACGAAGGAAUUGGAACCUGUAAUAUGAAAUCCUCUAACAUGAAAGAAACUGAGGGACUUAGAAAUCAAAGUAAAGAAGAGGAAGUAUCUCAAAUUACAGAGGCAAAUGCAUCUAUGCUUUCAGAUAAACUUGUACCAGGGACUGCAGGCAAAGGUUCUCUUGGACAGGAUGCAGCGUAUUUGAGCUUGGGUCAGGUUGGCACUACAAACUCCUCAGCAAAUGUGGGAUGCAUCACGGUAUCAGAAUGCACUAAGGAAACUAGUGGAUCAUGUUUCCCUGCCAAAGUAGAUGAAGAGCGUGAACACAAUAAGUUGAAUUCUGUGGGCAUUGGUGUGGAUCUUAAUGCUAUAGAGGUUUCAAGUAUGGUGGAACAGAAUCCCUUUUAUCCCUACAAAAAGUUGGGACAGGUUAAAUCUGUAGAUGCCUCUGAGAGUGGAAGCACUACUGGCCCAGUGGAGGAGAGUGAACCUUUGAGAAUAUGGAAGGAAAUGAAACAGAAUGGCUUCCUAUCAUCAUCACAUGGAGGCAUACCAAUGCCCAAGCAACGUGCCUGCCAGCCUAGAAAGAGAAAAGAUGAAUUCAGAAGAAAGGCUGAGUUUGCAAGGAGAGAACAGGCUAACCGGUUCACAAAAAUUGCUGCUCCAAGUGGACUUCUUUCUGGACUGAACCCUGGGAUCAUUAAUCAUGUCAGAAAUAGCAAACAGGUUCAUUCCAUAAUAGAGGCUAUAGUGCGGUCCGAGAAGCUUGAUGGUCAAACACAAAACAGAUUCACUGAUCAAAUGGGUAGCGAAAGUAAUGACACCAAUGAUAGAAGGAAACCGUAUAACUAUGCCCAUGGUUCAGCAACCAAUCAGUUGAAUCUGUCAUUAAAUAAACUAUCCGUUCCUUCCAGCUUGGAUCGAGGUGUGGACAUGCAUAUGGCUGAAGACAAGUUUCGUUGUGAAAUUUCUACAACUCAGUUCAGCACAAAAGAUGAUAAUGAUGCACUUACCCUGAAACUCUCAUCAGCUAUAACAGAGACAUCAGAAAAUGCUAGUGGUGCAUCAACUGACUAUCACUCUGCAAACCAAGAUAACAUUACCUCUUUAUCACUCAAAGCUGCUACUGUUUCUUCUCAGUGGCUGGACCUACUUCAGCAGGACAUCAAAGGGCGUCUUGCUGCAUUGAGGCGCAGCAGGAGGAGAGUAAGGAAUGUUAUCCAAACAGAAUUACCUUACCUAUUAUCAACAGAAUUCUCAUUUAGCCAAGAAAAUGAUCCCUCGUUUGUGCAUUCCUCUGAGGCUCAAUGUUUAAAGAAACCUUCCCAAGAGAUGCAUGUUGCACGAUGGAGAUCUCUUUUCAGUCAGAUGGAUAAAGCACUGUACGAGGAGGGAAAACAUUUGGAGAACUGGUUGAAACAAGUCCAAGAAAUGCAACUGCAUUGUCAGAAAGGCCUGAAUUAUGUUUGUGUGGAAGGCUUAUCAAAAUUUGGUUCAUCAGAGGAUUCCAGUAAAUUGAAAAAAUCCGAGGCUCAUGAGCAGGAGUAUGCAGUGAGGGCUGCAGCAGCAUCCAUCUACUCCACAUGCAACUUGAUCAUGACAACAGAAAACGUGCCAUGUUUCUGAUUUCAUCCGAGCAUGCCUGUUUCUUUAUCUAAUUAAUGCCUUGUUUGUAAUCCUGUUGUGCAUUUAUCACUCCUGUGACUUAGGAAUGAAGGUUUAUUUGAUUAUCCUUGUACCAUUAGAAAGUGUGUCAAUUUGUCUGAAUUAUUUCUGACAUGACUCAUUGUUCUACAUAAUUAAUCUGAAUUGAAGUACAAUAUUCCAUUUCUCUUAAUAUCA